AAAGCGCAUAUUCGUUAGUUCAACGAAGAGAUGUGGAUGUCGUACGAAUUAUAUACUUUGUGAGUUCGUUAACUACGCGUAAAAUAUCAUUAUGACUUCACGAACGUUGUAUUAAACAUUCUAAAAACGUAAUUGUGAUGUUUAUUGUUAAAUUUAACGUAUAAAAUAACUCAAUGUGAUGCGGGUCUCUUGAGUAAUUGUAAAUUAGCGACCGAGACCGAACCAUGAGAUUGUCCAGGAUCGCGGCGAUAUUUUGUAGCUGUUUUUUGAUAACAUGUAGCGUUAUCGUUAGUAAAUUUCUAUUUUUUAUGAACACCUUGGAUGAUACCGUAUCCUUAGCAGACAGAAACCCAUCAUCUAGCGGUUACAGAUUCAUCGGAGGCGAAUUGAAGAACAUACAAUGGAUGAUGCAGAUAUCAGAUUUACACUUGAGUCUAUUCCACGAUCCGACCAGAAUCACCGAAUUGGCUGAAUUUUGCAACGAUACGUUGAAUAUAAUCAAACCGAGCGUUGUAUUGGCUACUGGCGACUUGGCCGAUUCAAAGACACCGGACGGUGAGGGAUCUACGCAAUACGAAGAGGAAUGGAGAAUCUAUCGAGAUAUCUUGAACAACAAUAACAUUCCGAAUAAAACUCUAUGGCUGGAUAUUCGCGGUAACCAUGAUAAUUUCGACGUAUUGAAUAUAAAUUCAGACAAUAACUACUUCAGGAAGUACUCGAUUCAAGGUCAACAACACCCUCGCUCCUACUUCUACGUGAAUCGAAUGGAAAACGGUGAGAAAAUCGGCUACAUUGGCGUCGAUUCGUGUCUAGUUGUCGGUAUCCGAAGACCUUUCAAUUUCGUCGGCCAACUUACCAGCCAAGAAAUGCAAACCAUUCGAUCGUACGUUAAACAAAGCCGAGAUUUAGACGUCGAUUAUUUAUUCUGGUUCGGACAUUACCCCACCUCUACCAUACAGUAUCCCGAAUCGGAACAAUUACGUGAGAUGAUAGCAGCAGAUGAGAGGAGUACGGGGUAUUUCUGUGGCCAUUUGCAUCAGAUCGGUGGUCUCAUUCCGCAAAUGUAUACGUAUCAGAGAGAAGGAUUCUUCGAGUUGGAGUUGGGCGAUUGGAGGGGUAAUAGAAUCUUCAGAAUAAUGACGAUCGACCAUGGCCAAUUCACAUUCAGAGAUCUGAAACAUGGCACUUGGCCCAUUAUCCUCGUUACCAAUCCGAUAUCAGCGAUUUUAGUUCCUCCGGUGAAAAACUACCACGUACCAGAUUCUAGUCACAUUAGAUUAUUAGUUUUCUCACGUACUCCGAUUACCAAAGUGAUAUUGAAAAUAGACGACGGUGAAUGGAAACGGUGUUCUUCAGCUGGUGGACCUUUAUACGUUAGCGAAUGGAAUCCUCGAGAUUAUAAUAAAGGAUUACAUAUUAUGACGAUCAUAGCUGAAGAUGAACAGCAUUCGGAUCGAAUUGAACAUAUCUUCUCAUUAGAUGGGACUCGAUUGAAGACUAAAUUUUUACCAAGGCUUAUUUUAAUGCCUAAUUUGGGCAUGUUGUUCUACUUCCUGUUUACCUGCACAGUGCUCAUCUGUGCAUUGCCUUUGAUAAUAUUCCGAUACUUGGUGCGAAACCGUAGAGUGGACGCCGAACAAAUAUCAGCUAUAAAAUGGAACUUCAUCGUACGAUGGUGUCGAAGAUUUUGUAUUAUGUCCCAUUUGAAUGUUUUUUACUAUCCACUGGUACUUUAUCCAAUCUAUCUGUUCGGUGGUCCUUGGGCUGUCGUUUACUUGGUUGGUAAUAAAUUGGGAGUGGUGUUUGCGUGGGGUAUUAUUAUCGAUAACGAAUAUUCGCCAGCUUGGAUCACCUAUCCAUUUGGUUGGAAACAAAUGAUUCUUCACGCAUUUCUAAUUCUGCAUUUGGCUAGACAAAUCGAUCGAAGAUGCUUCAAAGCAUUACUUAAAGAAGAUAGUACGAUUGAUCAGAACCCAUUGGUGAAAUAUUUGUCCAGUAUUUGGGAUAAUUUGUUUUAUGUGAUUGUGAUUUCGCUUCAGCUCCUGGAAACGUAUAAUUUCUGGCUGUCUUACGGUAACUUGACUCUUGCUUUUUGUCCUCUAACCACGUGGUGGAUUGCGAUGGCGUUAUGGUUAAAGAAACACGCCACGUGUUUAGAUAAAGACAUGGUAUUAUAUCUGGCUCGGCAAUGGAGACCCACCCUGUAACAAAGCCAGCCUAGUGAAAAACUCGAUGAGCUAUGUGAUGAUACUGCUAGUCCUUAUUGCACAAUAAUUUUCUAAACAAUUCUCGCUACCAGUACAAAUAUAUCCCGAAUAUUUACCAUAUCAGCGAGAAUUAUUCUAGUAUAUAUCGUAUACGAAUGAUAUCUCAGGUUGUCGAAUAUUACAAAAGACUGAUCGCAUAUUGGAGAAAAGGAGUGAAAACGCAGACGGACUCGUUUCGAGUAUACUUUUCCAUUAUUUUCUAAGGCUUCUAGUAUUGAAAUACGAAAGUUUUCCUGUAUAUUUAAUAAGCGAAUGGUGAGCAGCGUUGGAUUUCACGAAUGAGAUGAUUUUAGUGUCGUUUGAUUUGUUUUUUUUCUCUUUCUUUUUGUCAUUUUUUUUUUAUUUACCUAUCUGUAUUAUUUUUGUGCCAACACCCGAAUUUGCAUGUGUUGUUUUUUAGGUUGCGAAUUCACUUGUUUUUAUUGUUAUUUAUGACUAAAAAAUCGAUACCAAUAAAAACGAUGAUUUAAAAAAA